CCGUCCAGGUACAGAAAAUAUGAAAACCGACACGCUUCUCUCCGCCGUCCAAAUAGCAGAAUUUCCGCUGCCAAAUUCGGAAUUCCCCAAAUUUUAGGAGAAUUCCUAAACAUAAUGGAAUCCGGCUUGACAGAACCUUUUCUUGGCGCAGUUUCUUCUUCCCCAACUGAUCUCACAGCUCCAGAAUCUACGACGAUGGCCGGCGAAUCUCCGGCAUACACCUCUGCCAGCGGCGCCGACGGCGAAUCCCUCAACCCCAGAAGCUACUGGAGAUUCGCCAAAUCCGAUUUCUUCCCCGAACCCUCCUUUAGCAGCUGGACCUCUUACCGCUCCGCCCUCUCCCGCACAUUCCCCCGUCUCCGCAACCGACUUCUACACCGUUCCUCUGACUCCGAUGAGGUAGACGUCCUUCGCCGCCGCAGCGAGAACUCCAUGCGCCGCUGCCUCACGUGGUGGGAUCUCGGCUGGCUUGGAUUCGGAUCCGUAGUGGGUACGGGCAUCUUCGUCCUCACUGGCCAAGAAGCACGUCUCAACGCCGGCCCCGCCAUCGUCCUCUCAUACGCUGCCUCCGGCCUUUCCGCACUUCUCUCCGUCCUCUGCUACGCUGAGUUCGCCGUCGAAAUUCCCUCUGCUGGUGGAUCGUUCUCUUACCUCCGCGUUGAGCUUGGCGACACUGCGGCUUACCUUGCGGCUGCUAACAUUCUUCUAGAAGCUCUCGUCGGUGCCGCUGGGCUUGCGCGUUCCUGGACUUCCUAUUUCGCAACUCUAAUUGGCCGCGAUCCUGACGCCCUUCGCAUCCACGUUCCAUCUCUCGCCGAGGGUUUUAACCUCCUCGACCCCAUCGCUGUCGUCGUCCUCAUUUCCUGCUCCACUUUUGCCGCCUUAGGCACCCACAGAACCUCCAUUCUCAAUUGGAUCGCCUCAGUCCUUACCCUCUUCGUCAUCGCCUUCGUCAUUGCCGCCGGAUUUGUUAACGCCAAGCCCUCCAAUCUUUCCCCAUUCCUCCCAUUCGGUGCCAGCGGCGUCUUCCGUGCCGCCGCAGUCGUCUAUUGGGCAUACACCGGCUUCGACAUGAUGGCGACCAUGGCAGAAGAAACUAAGAACCCAUCAAGGGACAUUCCUAUUGGCUUAAUUGGAUCAAUGUCGGCAAUCACCGCCGUUUACUGCGCCAUGGCACUUGCUCUGGUGAUGAUGCAGAAAUACUCCGAGCUCGACACCAACGCCGCUUACUCUGUCGCAUUCGCUGCCGCCGGGAUGAAAUGGGCCAAGUACUUAGUAGCGCUUGGUGCGCUUAAGGGUAUGACCACGGGAAUGCUCGUCGGCGCGCUCGGCCAGGCGCGAUACACGACGCAGAUUGCUAGGGCUCACAUGAUACCCCCCUUCUUCGCUCUCGUCCACCCGAAGACGGGUACGCCCAUCCAUGCAACUCUUCUGGUAACUUUGUCCAGCGCCAUCAUCGCCUUCUUCUCCAGCCUCGACGUCCUCGCGAGUGUGUCCUCUAUUAGCACCCUCUUCAUCUUCAUGCUCAUGGCCGUGGCGUUGCUCGUCAGAAGAUACUAUGUGAGAGAAGUCACUCCAAAAUCCAAUCUUUUGAAGCUCAAUUGCUUGCUUUUCUUGAUCAUCGGUUCAUCUGUUGGGAUAUCAGCGUACUGGAACUCAGGGGCGAAGGGAUGGAUUGGUUAUGCAAUUGCUGUGCCGCUCUGGUUUUUGGGCACGCUUGGGUUGACGGUGGUGAUUCCUCAGCAGCGGACGCCUAAAGUGUGGGGAGUUCCGCUGGUGCCUUGGCUGCCAUCGGCCUCCAUAGUGACUAACAUUUUUCUCAUGGGAUCGCUUGGAUACCAGGCAUUUGUGAGGUUUGGAAUCUGCACUGUGGUAAUGCUGGCCUAUUAUGUGCUUAUUGGUGUCCAUGCGACUUAUGAUGUUGCUCAUGAGGAGGAAGAUGAUAAGUUGGAAGGCUUGAAGGUGGAAACUGGCAGUCGUGGAGCUUAGAUUAUAAGAUAUCAGGUACUUUUCCGUUAAAAAAAUAUAAAUUUAUAAAAAGAAGAUCAAAGAAAUUUUAUCAGAUAUUCAGAUUAUUGAUUUUUAUUUUUUUCCUCACAAGAGGGAGGCUGUGCAGCAGAGUUCCAACUCUCAGCUGUGCUGCUAUAAGUAAUGAAGCUCGAACUGAGCUGAAGAUCUCCAUAGAAACAAAGCCUGCUCUAUAAUUUGUUCUUCUUGACUUUUCCUUUUAUUUUAUUUCAAAGGUUUGAGAAGCUAUGUAUCUGUUAUGGAGAGCUUUAGUUCUUUGUUCCUUGUUUUAUGGCUCCUUGAUAUCUUGCAAUUGUAAUGUAAAGUCUCCCUGCUAAAAAGUUAUCAGAAUCUGGCUUAAAUUUUGUUA